AUGUCGACCGAAUUCUUCAUGGAGAACGCCUCCGUUGGUGACCGCAGCAGCAGCGAGAACUGGCGCAUCCGUGGCAUGACUCCUUUGACCGCUCCCGAUCUCCUCCAGCACGAAAUCAGACAAUCGCAAAAGUCAAAAGACACUGUCCUCAAGGGUCGCAACGAAGCUUCCGACGUCGUCCAAGGCAAGGACGAGAGAAACAGACUCCUCGUCGUUAUUGGCCCUUGUUCGCUGCACGACCCCAAGGCCGCUCUUGAGUACUGCGACAAGCUGUCCACCUUGAAGGAGAAGUACGAGGAUGAGUUAGUCAUCAUCAUGCGCGCCUACCUCGAGAAGCCUCGCACCACUGUUGGCUGGAAGGGUUUGAUCAACGACCCCGAUCUUGACGACAGCUUCAACAUCAACAGAGGCCUUCGUGUCUCGAGACAGCUCUACCUCGACCUGACCGAGAGAGGCAUGCCCAUUGCCAGCGAAAUGCUGGAUACCAUCACCCCUCAGUACACUGCCGAUCUUUUGUCUCUCGGCGCCAUUGGCGCUCGCACAACAGAGUCACAGGUCCACCGUGAAUUGGCCUCGGGUCUGUCUUUCCCUGUCGGCUUCAAGAACGGCACCGACGGUACUCUGGACGUUGCCAUCGACGCCAUUGGCGCAGUCAAGAACNCCCACCACUUCUUGUCUGUUACUAAGCCCGGCAACGUCGCCAUCGUCGGCACUGCUGGUAACGACGACUGCUUUGUCAUUCUCAGAGGAGGAAAGAAGGGAACCAACUACCACCCCAAGGACAUUCAAGAGUCAAAGGAGAAGCUCCAGAAGAUUGGCUACACCAAGCCCAGACUCAUGGUCGACUGCAGCCACGGCAACUCAGAAAAGAACCACAAGAACCAGCCCAAGGUCGCCCACGAACUCGCUACCCAGAUCGCCGCCGGCGAAGACGCCAUCAUGAGCGUCAUGAUCGAAUCGCACAUCAAUGAGGGUAACCAGAAGGUGCCCAAGGAGGGAAAGUCGGGUCUCAAGUACGCAGUCUCCAUUACCGACGCCUGCAUCGGCUGGGAAGACACCGAGACCGUACUCGCCGAGUUGGCCGAUGCCGUCCAGAAGAGAAGAAAGCACGCCGCUACCAACGGCUCGGCAUAG